CUUUGCCAGUUCAAUGAUCAAAUGUUUAAAUAAAUACAAGUAUUAUGAGCAAAUCAACUAAACAAUGAACAAAACGGAGACUAUUCAUGAAACCUCUGAGUUGAAAUAUUUGUUUUGAAAUCAAAGGGAAGUGUUGAUGUGUAGAUAUAGAUUGUAGUGCAAGAAGUCGAGGUGAUCAGAAACAGGAAGAUGAGCUGAGUGUGUAACAGGAACCUCUCGGGCGUAUUGUUGUGAAUGUGUUUGUGCAGUCAGAGAUCAGACCCAACACAAGACGCUGGGAUGUCUGCCGUGAGGACCGAAGAUGCUGCUGACGGAAGGAGCACAGCUAACGGAGGAGGAGUCGUGUGUGACGAGAGAGGCGUCACCGUCCUCAGGCCUACAGAUCUCUCCGAGAUGUUGGCGGCAGGAACCAAAGAAGUUCACGAGAAGGCCGAAAACACAGAGUUUGUCAAAGACUUCCUGAAGGGACGCAUCCGCAAAGAGCUCUUUAAGCUCGGUCACGUGGCUUUGUUCUUCACGUAUUCUGCGCUGGAAGAGCAGAUGGAGAGAAAUAAAGAGCAUCCUCACUUGGCGGCGCUCUACUUCCCUCAUGAGCUGCACCGGCGGGACGCUCUGGCUCGGGAUCUGAGGUACUUCUAUGGCGAGGGCUGGCAGAACCAGAUCAGCAUCUCUCCCGCCACUCAGCGCUACGUGGAGCGCAUCCGGCAGAUCGGCCGGGACCAGCCCGCGCUCCUGGUGGCUCACGCUUACACCCGCUACAUGGGCGACCUCUCGGGCGGCCAGGUGCUGAGGAAGGUGGCCCAGCGCGCCAUGAAGCUGCCGCCCACAGGAGAAGGCCUGAACUUCUACCAGUUCGACAGCAUCCACAGCGCCAAGGCCUUCAAACAGCUGUACCGCAGCCGGAUGAACGAGCUGGAGCUGAACGCACUCACCAAGCAGAAGAUCGUGGAGGAAGCCGUCCUGGCCUUUCAGUUCAACAUGGAGAUCUUUGGAGAACUAGAGGAGGCUGGAAAAACCCUUCAGGACGAUGUUUUGGAUGCCGCUCCUGUUCAUGGAGAGAUGCAAGGAGACAUCAGCCAGUGUCCUUACUAUACGACCAAAAUGGCUGCCAGCGAUGGAUCAUCUUACAUUUGUCAAAUGGCCAUGAUCGUGCUUAAAAAUCCUUCUGGUCAAGUCCUAUUGGCCGCCUGGAUCGCUGCUCUAGCCGGAUUGGCUGCUUGGUACCUCAUGGGACCUGCUGUUACCCAAUGAGAGGAGAGAUAAUAGACGAGAACAAAUAGUUUGUUCUGCUUUAAAGUCGCGAGGCAUUUCAACGCAUUUCCCUUUUAGUGCAUCCCAUCUGCCCCCUUGUUCUCGGGUAAGCGUGAUUAAUUCUGAAUGUAUGAACAUAGCAUAGUUUAUGCAUAGUGGGUGAUUGUGGGAGUCGUUACUGCUUCACAUGGCAGUGUUGAUGAAAUAAGAGGAGUAAAUCAGCCAAAAAUGAAUCUUUGCUG